AUGGCUACUCUUGUUGCUCCUAUCAAUCAUUCUCCCCAAGAGGAUGCAGAAGCUCUUUGGAAGGCCGUCAAAGGAUGGGGGACUAAUGAGAAGGCUAUCAUAGCCAUAUUGGGACAUAGAAAUGCUUCUCAAAGGCAGCAAAUCAUACAAGCUUACCAGGACAUUCACCAGGAGGAUCUCAUCAAACGGCUUGAAUCUGAAAUCUCCGGUGACUUUGAGAGAGCUCUGUACCGGUGGAUAUUGGAACCAGCAGAACGCUAUGCAGUGUUGGCUAAUGUAGCCAUCAAGAGUGCCAACAAUGACCACCAUGUGAUUGUGGAAAUUGCAUGUGUUCUUGAACCUGAAGAGCUUUUGGCUGUGAGGCAUGCCUACCACAACCGCUACAAGCAUUCUUUGGAAGAAGAUGUGGCUGCUCUGCCUGCUCAUACCACUAGCCAUCUUCGCCAGCUUUUGGUUGGAUUGGUGAGCUCAUUUAGAUAUGCUGGUGAUGAGAUCAAUGCAAGAUUGGCAAAAUCUGAAGCUGAUAUUCUUCAUGAGGCAAUCAAACACAAGAAAGGUACUAAUCAUGAAGAAAUUGGUACUAAUCAUGAAGAAAUUAUCAGGAUCCUUACUACAAGGAGCAAGACUCAACUUGUGGCAACUUUCAACCGCUACAGAGAUGACAAUGGCAUUUCCAUCAGCAAGAAACUAUUGGAUGAAGCAUCUGAUGACUUCCUUAAGGCUGUACAUGUUGCCAAUACUCUAGGGGUCCCUGAAAUUGUACCCCGUAACAAAAUAAGUCCCUGAAAU